CUUAUAAUUUUUUUUUUCCUUUAGGCACCGCUUUAGCGCAACGCAGUAAUUUCCGCUCCGGCGCCGGACAUCCAACGUCACAGCGACAUCUGCCUAAGCGACCCACAGAUCCGCCACCAACAGAAGAGGGCUACGUUCCGACAGACGAAUGCCCUGAACCGAAUGGUUUCUUCCCAGAUUUGGAGCAAUGCGACAAAUACCACGCAUGUUUCGAAGGCAAAUCCACUGAACGCCUUUGUGCCGAUGGUAUGGUCUUCAAUGACUACAGCCCUCUGGAGGAAAAAUGUGAUCUGCCAUACAACAUUGACUGCAGCAAGCGUUCGAAAUUACAAACACCGCAGCCCUCCCAGCAUUGCCCGCGCAAGAACGGCUAUUUCGGUCACGAGGAGGAUGGUGUCUGCGAUAAAUUCUACUACUGCGUCGAUGGACAAUUCAAUAUGAUUACCUGCCCAGCGGGUUUGGUAUUCAAUCCCAAAACCGGCAUCUGCACUUGGCCCGAUGAAGUGGGCAUUAAGGGUUGCAAGUCGCAGGAUAUAUUUGAAUUCAAGUGCCCCAAAGUGAAUGAGUCGGUGGCGGUUACACAUCCUCGUUACGCCGAUCCCGAUGAAUGUCAAUUCUUCUAUGUCUGUGUGAAUGGCGACGUACCGCGCCGCAACGGUUGCAAGUUGGGCCAGGUGUUUGACGAUGAUAAGAAACACUGCGACUGGGCGCGUAAUGUGCCCGAGUGCGCCGAUUGGUAUCAGGGUCGCUUGACCGACGCUGAAUUGGAGGAGUUGGAAAAUCCUAAGCCCAAGGUAAAGAAGGCACAACGCACGCGUGGUCCAUCACGACGAAAGCCUGCCAAGGCGCCUGUAGAGGAGGAAAUCGUGGAGGAGUAGUGCUAACUGAGAGCAGGAAGAUUCAACAGCUGCGCGCUUAGCUUUAAGUUUUAUUUUUUUGUUUGUUUUGCAGUUGAUCGAAAUUCUCAAAUAAAAGCACACGACAAAAUGUUGCUAAUAAAAUGAAA